GCUGCCUGUCGCUUUCUAUGGCGGACGGUAUAAGUAAUGAAUAAGAACGCGAACUGAACUGUUGUACAGUAGAGAGGACUGCGGCUAAUUCAUGGAAGCCCUGCUACGAUUCUUCCACUGGUCUUAAUUGUGAAGAUUUCUUCGGUGGCGCGGCGUCAUCAGGUUCGCUGUCUGUUUUGAUUUUUCUUUGAAUUACCACUGCUUGUACGAGUGCCGGAGUCUGCGUGCAUAUCGUCUUGACGCGAUAAAAGUAAUGGUGAAGCCAAAACAGAGACAUUUUCGCGGUGCUCCUGGAAAGAAGCAGCGAACUGAACCACCCUAUGAAGAAGAUUGGUUGGUAGUCAAGAAGCAAAGAAUCACCAUUUUAAUCCCGCCAUUGCCUGGUAAGGUGUUGCAGUCUGCCGGAGAGAUGCAUCUGCAAGAAAUACCAAGAGAAACCAAGUCCCACUUGCCUAGAGAAACCAACUCCAAGGGGGAGUCUCCAUCAAUGCUCUCUGCUUCAAUGCAACCGGGUCAAGAAUCUGCCAAAUCUAUCACUUCGUCUCCAGAGGGGGCUAUUUGUCCACAAAAGACAUCAAAUCCCAAUUUGACAUUCCGAAAGUCAUCAAGUAUGUGCAAUAGGACUGCUUCACGCGAUGCUCCACUUCCUAGUUUCAGAGGCUGUAAUAAUACCAUAGGCAGAUGCAGCACUUCCAAAACGAACAAGGGAAUGAUGAUAUUCGCGGAUAGCAGCAAUUUCCUGAAUUCAAGAAUGCGGGCUUCUUGUCUUGACAGAAAACUUCGGAAGGCUGGAGGCUUGGAGAAGUGGCUCAUUUCUCUUGGCCUUACCUGUUUUCUACAGGUUUUCAAGAUGCGGAGAGUCAACAAAUUCCAGCUUGCAAAUAUUACCAUGGAAAAGCUUAAAGACAUGGGCACAAUUGCCGUUGGCCCGAGAAGAAAGUUGAUGCAUGCCAUCAACUGCAUCUGCCAACCCCAUUGCUUCCAGCAUAUGUGAGUGUAGAGUGUUACAUUUCUUGAAUGCUGAUAUUCCCCCUACGUGUAUAUUCUAUCAUUGUCAAGGUUCCAUGUUU